CCAUAAGAUCAUUACAAAACUCUCUCUCUCUCUCUCUCUCUGUCUCCAGUUUCGACCAUCUCGGAAACGCCGCACGACGAGAUGGAGUCGCCAUCGGCGGCGGCGGCGGCGGCUCGGGCGUCCCCCCUCACUCCGAAGCUGAGGCUCAUGUGCAGCUACGGCGGCCACAUCGUCCCCCGCCCGCACGACAAGUCCCUCUGCUACGUCGGCGGCGACACCCGCAUCGUCGUCGUGGAGGACCGCCAGCUCUUCUCGAUCUCCGCCCUCUGCUCCCACCUCGCCAAGACUCUGCUCGACGACCGCCCCUUCGUCCUCAAGUACCAGCUUCCCAGCGAGGACCUCGACGCUCUCGUCACCGUGUCCACCGACGAAGACCUCGAGAACAUGAUCGAGGAGUCGGUGAGCUCUUCUCUCAAGCAUCCCCGCAUCAGGCUCUUCCUCUUCCCGGCCCAGCCGGCGCCGCCGGAGUCGUCGCGGUCGAUCGGCCGCAUUCUCGAGGCUUCCGGAAAUUGGGAGGACUGGUUCUUGGACGCUUUGAAUGGUGCCAGUACCGUUGGAGCGGACAAGGGGUCUUCGGAUUCCGCUUCGGUUAAUUGCUUGUUAGGGCUUGAAGACGCGGAAAUUAUCAAUGGUGAGUCCGGAUUGGAGAAGACCGCGAAGCAACCGCAGGAGGUGCAAUCUGUUCCCGAUUCGCCCAUGCUAGCGACGUCAUCGUCUUUUGGUUCCACUUCCACUGCAUCGUCGCAUUCUGUGGUCAAUUCGCCUUCGAUUCGAGUACAGUCAGAGUUGGAGGCCGCACGGGAUGAGAAGUUGGGGAUUGAGGAGCAAUUUGCACUUAUGGGUGUUGGAAUUGGUGUUGGCCAAAAGCAAGACGAUGGUUCUGUAGCAAGUUCAGCGCCUCCUCUAAUGACUGCAACUUCCGCUGAGUGCGUGCACCGGGUUUUCUCUGGCGACGAGAGAUCGUACCAGGGUGUGCCAGUGAAUUCUCAGCAGUUGGGGAGACAGCAGCCUCAGCUGCAGUCGCUUCCGCAGAAUGUGCAUCUAAAGUCGCAGCAAAGUAGUGGACUAAAUUCACAUUCGGCUGAUUCGCUAUCUAGUGAGAGUAUUUGGACAAACGCGGCGUUUUACCCAAAUCCCGUAAAUUAUCAAGAGUUACUUGCACAAUUGCCUCCUGCAACCAAAAGGACCCCUUCUAAUCAGGAUGAUGAAAAGGUUAAUGCAUCAGAUCUGAUCAGUCAGGUUCAUUUUAGACAACAAACUCCUGAUGCCAAUCACUUGUUUCCCUCUCAAUCUGAUCAACAGCAGCCUGAGCACCAUCCACCACUACCACAGCAGCAAUUUGUACAAGCUACUUCGCAUUUUAUUCCCCUUCAACCCACUGGAGGAGCUCAAUUAACGGCCUAUUACUCUCGAUAUCCUCCUUCACAUCAAAAUCACCAAUAUUAUCACCCUCAGCACAAUCAGCAGUUUCCAGUGUACUAUGUCAGAGCAGCACAUGAUUUGGCUAUGCAACAACCUAAUAUAAGUGAAGCUUCCGCUUCUGCAGCCGUACCUUCUAGCCAACCACAAAUGCCUCCUAACCUUGUAAGAGAUUCUCCCGUUGCGACACCUCACCAACAGUUUGCUGGUUACUCUCAAGUUCAUCACCAGUCUCGGUCAUUUGUGGCUCCCGCCACUUAUGGUUCUGAGCACAUGGAUCCCGCCCAUGCGUGGAAAUACGGUGGCCAACCCAUGGUACCGAUGUUGUAUUCUCAUUAUCAACCAUCUGUGGCGUCCAACAAUUUAUUUUUUUCAGAAGGUUCAACUCAGCUCUCUGGUGACAAGAUCAGGCAGCAGAUGCAAGGGUCAAAGCCAUUCUAGUCCACUUGCCUUGGUGGAAUGGGUUUGUGGUGUAUUCUUGAACGAUCUGCUCUACUCUCUGCCCCUUGGUUGUCUUUUUUAUGUUUUUGAUAUUGGUGUUGACGAGAUGAAUACUUCUGUGUCCUUUAUAUGUCGUGAAGUCUGAUACCAUCAUGAGUAAUGAAGCUGGUCGAAGAGUAUAUUGUGCAAACUGCAAAAAUUUGAGUUGUAAUAUGUGGGGGUUUACAGUUUAUUUGUAUAGUCAUUGUAUAUGUAAAUAUGUGUGCAUGUUGUCUAUCACAACUUCAUAGUCUCUAUCUUUAAAAGU